AUGGCGGCUAACGGUACACCGGUCACGCAGUUCGGCUUGCUUCCGCUAACAGAAUGGGCGGUCUUUUUUAGUCCUGGCAAGGCUAAAAGGAAAAUGAGACCACAGUUAUGCUAUAACACGUUCAACACCAUGAGUGGAACUUCAACCAGGACACCACUGGAUGACCAAUUGCGCAAGAACGGACCUCCUGGAAGACUUGUGGUCUCACGCUUCGACCAAUACAAGGUCGAAAGCAAAGCUGGACCAUCGAAGUAUCUGAGUAAGUAAGUAAACCUACUUGCCUGGGCUUUUAGCUUUUCUUAUACCUUACUUUUAAAAAAUCAAGUCAAACCCUCCUUCUGAUCAAUUGGGUUCUUCCGUUGCUCACAUAUGGAAUCGGUCAUAAAACCUGAUCAUUUCCACAAAAUUAUCCCCUAGAAGUCUUACUAUCCUUUUUAAAGUAAAGCAAGCACUGGAACCAAGUCCAGACCAGACCAGAACCCUCGUCCGAUACAGUCCCAACGGAGGCUUCUCCGCACCCCAAAAAAAAGGCCGUCUAACGAUGUUUUGUGGGACGCCGCCUACGCGAAUGACGCUUCUCCCACCGGAAGCGAAGAAUUUCGUAGCCGGUAUUUCCUGAUUGCCUUCGUUUCUACUCGAUUUAGAACACUUUCUGCAGUUUUAUUCGACAUUUGCAGACGUUUUAUGAGAGGAAAUUGGCUCAUUACCGUGUAUAAGAUGCUCUUUUUCCGGGUUCUUAGCGUUUAUCUUGUGCUUUAAUUUAAAUCUAGUUGAUUUCCUAGUAGAAAGAGACACAGUCCAACUUUUUCAGUUGAUUUUUCAGCUUUGUGUUGAUAAACUCUCUUGUUUCCGGCCCAGCCUUCACAAGAUAAUUUUUAGAUUUUUUUUUUAACUGGAACUAAAAUUUCUAACUAUUUUCUAUCUGAAAAAAAAACUUCAAAACUCAUUUUGCAGAUUUUUCACGCUUGAUCCAUUCAAGCGUGGUCUAAUCUUCUCUAAUCUCGUAAAAAAAUAAUACAUGACGUUUUUUUGAAGUUUAUAAAUAAUUAUUUAAUUUUGACUUCAACCAGAGAUUAUAUUUUUUUGGUCAGUAUAAAUAUUGUGUUACUACUGAAAUUAUUUCUCGAAUAUUUUUUUAACUCGAUAGAUUCUAGAUUUCAAUGUCAUUUUUUUCAAAAAGGCCAGCCUAAAAAAAUUUUUUUCCAUCUUUCCAACGUCUCAAUCCACUCAAAUCGCUGUUAAAAUAUUUCAAAAAUUUAAGAUCACUGUAUUUUUUUAUUUCAUGGUCAUUUUUCGAUAUUUCAAUGACCUUUUGAACUUCCAGCAAAAAGCCAGAAGUCUACUUCUCUUCCAGAAAUUAAAAACCUGCCCCCAUUUCCUUCAAUUCGGAUUCUAUUCAACUCUGAUUUCCUGCUUUUUUUCUUCCAAACCCUCCUGCAAGCCAAAAAUGAGCCCAAAGAGCUAAAAAUCGUGGGAAACCGCGCGCCAGACUGCUGACAUCAGUAAUAGACCCACUUGAAUUUUCAAACUUUGUCUUUUUUCCCCUAUUUUUAGUCGUCUCCCUCUCCCAGCUGAACGGAUCAUCUCUAAUUUCCCAUAAAUUAUUCAAUUAGUUGAUGAUCUAAAUGGAAAAGUGGGUCGAAAAAACUUGGAAUACCAAAUAAUCCAUCAAAAAAUGUGUUUAUGUGUCAAAACGAUGACGCCAAUGCCCUUCUUUUGAAAGAAAAGUUUCUGAUGAAUUGACCUUUUUUAGAAUCUAUCAUUUGAACAUGUAUCCAGAGAACCCAAGAGUUAGGAUGUGAAGUUUAUUAUUUCAUUUUUUGGGUCUCCCAAUCCGGUCUUAAAAAACGAGAAUUUCAUUUUCCAAAGUUUUCUUUUGUGAAAAUUCCAAUCUUUAAGAGUGACAGUACCGUCAAUAAAGAUACGAAAAAACGGGGUUUCGAUCAAAAUUUUCUUGUAAGAAAUUCAAUCUUUCUGAAACUUUCUGCAUGACCAUUUUUUUUCAACACUUUAAUGAAGUUUCAGUUCAAAGAAAAAAAAACGCAGGUUCAGAAAAUUCCAGGAAGAUUGAAUCCCUUACAAAAAAAUUGUGAGCAAAGUCGCGUUGUUCCGUAUCUUUCCUGAUGGUACUGUAACUGCCCGAAAAUUCCCGAAGCUGACUUCGGAAAAAAUUUCCUAUUCAAAAAAAAUUCCUUGUAUCCAAUUCAUGGACCUUAAUUAUCCUUGAAAUAAACCUCACAAUCGUCACUCUCACUCAAUUACACUGAUUAUUCAGCUUUAAUCUAGUUUUUAUAGUUUGAUCCACCUUGUCAUCAUUACAAGGUCUAUAUUUUUCCGGAAGCUUUCCAGCAGAUGGUCAAACGCCUUCCACAUAGCUUCCCACCUUCUUCUACUUAGAAAAAAGCUUGUCGGAAGCCUUUCAGAAGCUUUCCAGCAGGCUGCUGGGAGACUUCUGGCAGGCCUAUUCAAUUUUUUUUUCCCUUUGAAGACCUGCCAACUACCUGCUGGGCACCUUCUCAAGGCGUUCUCAAGACCUUCUACUCAGUUUAAAGUUGGGAAGCUUCAGCUUUCGGUUCCUCGGAAGCCGUUUGGAAGCUUUUUGGUCGAACGCCUUCCACAUAGCUUCCCAACACCUUCUACUCAGGAAAAGCCUGCCGGAAGCCUUCCAGUAG